AGACGAGGUUGCUGUGGUGCCGCCGCUCAGCGGAGGAUAAACACGGAUGGUCAGUAUCGAGCGUUCUGAGCGUCUCUGUAGACGAGACGAGUCGUCGCACAGCUCCGAGUGUCUGAUGCUGCUUCUACACCAACAUCAGCGGAUGGCCGAGUCAGAGGAGCGGAGAGACGUCUUCAAGCUGAGCCGUGAUUGGCUGUCUGUACAGGAAGUGGUCGACACCGUCAGCAGCUCCUCCUGUGGAGCCAUUUCAGUUUUUAUAGGUACGACCCGGGAGGACGAGGUGGAUGGGAGGACGGUGAUUGGUCUGGAGUACGAGGCGUACGAGCUCAUGGCCCAGUCAGAGUUCACGAAGCUGUGUGCUGACAUCAGAGAGCGCUGGCCAACCGUGACGCACAUCUGUGUCCACCACCGGCUGGGGUGGGUGGAGGUGGGUCAGGCCAGUGUCGCCAUGGCGAUCUCAUCUCCUCAUCGCCAUGACAGCCAGCAGGCGAUCCAGCGCUGCAUCGACCAGCUGAAGGCCAACAUCCCCAUCUGGAAGAAGGAAGUGUACGACACGCAGGAUUCCAGCUGGAAGGAGAACGCCGAGUGUUCCUGGGCCACUCGGAACAAGUUGUCCUCAGAGAGCGUGUGAAGAUGUGCAUCGUUAAUAAAACACUGAUCAGUGACG